UAGGGUUUGGAGCUCCUCACACUCACGCAAGAGACGGACUCAACGUGAUCACCGUUGCGCUUGUUUCCUCGUUGCUUUGAGAGCUUGGUGUUGCUUCGAGAGCUCGGUGUUUGUUUCUUCGAGAGCUCGGUGUUUCUUCGAGAGCUCGGUGUUGCUUUGAUCCUAGGGUUUCCGUGUGCAUGCUGUUCUGUGGAUGAGGGGUUAGGGCGCGGGGGUUAGUAUUAGCGGCCUUUGAAGCCAUGUCGGUCCAGGCGGGAGUGAGCGAUGUGGCGAUCUCGGUGCGGGAGAAGCUGAGGGGGAAGAUUGGACAGACGAAGGUGAAGCGGUACUGGCCUGGUAAGGCUCCAGAAUGGGCCGAAGACGUGGAGGAGGAGGCCGAUGUGAGGCCGUCAAGGGUUUCUGCGGCAAACAGAGAAGCGCAGUUGGAGAAAGCGUUUUUGCUGCGAGAUGAGUUGGAUUUUCCUCGGCAGGAUGACCCUAGGUUGCGGCGUUUGGCGGAGAGCCGGCGGGACAAGGAUGAAGCCGUUGCGCGACACAGACAGAUUCGGCAAGCGGAGAUUGUGUCGACCCGGGAGGAGGAGAAGGUGGCUCAGGAGCUGGCGGAGGCAGAAGAGGACGAGGAUGAUGAGGCGAUUGAGGAGCGGCGGCAGCGGAUUAAGGCGAAGUUGUUGCAGCGGCAACGAGAGGAGGAGGCAGCGUUGGAGGCGGAGUUGGAGGAGGAGGAUGAAGAGGACGAGGAGUCUGAAUAUGAAACGGAUUCUGAAGAGGAGUUCGGAGGUAUUGCUAUGAUCAAACCUGUGUUUGUGCCGAAAUCAGAGCGGGACACGAUUGCUGAGCGGGAGAAAUUGGAAGCGGAGGAGGAAGCCAUGAAGGAUUCGUUGAAGAAGAAGCUGGAGGAGAGGAAAAUAGAAACGAAGCAGCUUGUGGUUGAAGCAAUUAAGAAUGAGGAGGAAAUUGAGAAGAACCGAGAAGCCGAGGGUGAUGGUGGAGAAGUCGAUACUGAUGAUGAGACUAAUGAGGCAGAGGAAUAUGAGGCUUGGAAAGCUCGAGAAAUUUCUCGCAUCAAGAGGGACAGGGACGCCCGCGAUAAAUUGCUGAAGGAGAGAGAGGAGGUUGAGAAGCUAAGGAACAUGACUGAAGAGGAGAGAAGGGAAUGGGAGAGGAAGAACCCUAAGCCAUUGCCACUUAACAAGAAGAAGUGGAAGUUUAUGCAGAAGUACUAUCACAAGGGUGCCUUCUACCAAACAGAAGCUGACGACAGGGAUGGAGCUGGUGGAGAAGAGAUAUUUAGGAGAGACUUCUCUGCGCCCACAGGGGAGGACAAAAUGGACAAGACUAUACUACCGAAGGUUAUGCAAGUCAAGCAUUUUGGUCGCAGUGGGCGGACGAAGUGGACUCAUUUGGUCGCUGAGGAUACAACUGACUGGAAUAACCCAUGGACAUACAAUGAUCCUCUACGAGCAAAGUAUAAUCAGAAAAUGGCGGGCAUGAACAGACCGAUUGCGAAACCCGCUGGCAACAAAAAGCUGAAGGACUGGGAAAAUUCUUAGUCAUGUAUAUAGAAACUGCAGUUCGCCAUUUCUUUAGUUUUUUUACAUGAUGAACUUAAAUCAACUUGUAUUAUUUUAUUUUUUUAAAAAAAUCAGAAGAAUAGAAUCCAUUGGUGUU